CGGCUCUGCCGUUGGGUGAGUCGCGUAGGCGAGUGCUUGGCCGCCCAGGUGGGACUUGGCGGACCCUGCGAAGGGAGCGCGGGGGGCUGCGAGACCUGGGGCGCCGGGCGCGGGAUUGACGGAGGGGGCGCGGCCGCCGUGAUGGAUACUACAAUGCUGAAUUUGCGGAAUCUGUUUGAGCAGCUUGUGCGCCGGGUGGAAAUUCUCAGUGAAGGAAAUGAACUUCAAUUCAUCCAGUUGGCAAAAGACUUUGAGGAUUUCCGUAAGAAGUGGCAGAGAACAGACCACGAGCUGGGGAAAUACAAGGAUCUUUUGAUGAAAGCGGAAUCUGAACGUAGCGCUCUUGAUGUUAAGCUGAAGCACGCACGUAAUCAAGUGGAGCUAGAGAUCAAACGGAGACAACGAGCUGAGGCUGACUGUGAGAAGCUGGAACGACAAAUUCAGCUGAUUCGAGAGAUGCUCAUGUGUGACACAUCUGGCAGCAUUCAACUAAGCGAGGAGCAAAAAUCAGCUCUGGCUUUUCUCAAUAAAGGCCAGCCAUCCAGCGGCAAUGCUGGCAACAAAAGACUAUCAACCAUUGAUGAAUCUGGUUCCAUUUUAUCAGAUAUCAGCUUUGACAAGACUGAUGAAUCACUGGACUGGGAUUCUUCCAUGGUGAGGAAUUUCAAACUGAAGAAAAGAGAAAAGAGGCGCUCUAGUAGCCGACAGUUUGUUGAUGGACCCCCUGGGCCUAUAAAGAAAACUCGUUCCAUUGGCUCCACAGUAGACCAGGCGAAUGAAUCCAUAGUUGCAAAAACGACAGUGACUGUUCCCAAUGAUGGUGGGCCCAUUGAAGCUGUUUCCACUAUUGAGACGGUGCCAUACUGGACCAGGAGCCGAAGGAAAACAGGUACUUUACAAACUUGGAACAGUGAUUCCACCCUUAGCAGCAGGCCAUUGGAGCCAAGAAAUGAGGCAGACAAUUUGGGCACGCCACAAACAAAUGGAGGGAUGCGCCUACAUGACUUUGUCUCUAAGACGGUUAUUAAACCCGAAUCCUGUGUUCCAUGUGGAAAGCGGAUCAAAUUUGGCAAGCUGUCUCUGAAGUGUCGAGACUGCCGUGUGGUCUCUCAUCCAGAAUGCCGGGACCGCUGUCCCCUUCCCUGCAUCCCUACCCUUAUAGGAACACCUGUCAAGAUCGGAGAGGGAAUGUUGGCUGAUUUUGUGUCCCAGACAUCUCCAAUGAUACCCUCCAUUGUUGUUCACUGUGUAAAUGAGAUUGAACAGAGAGGGCUGACUGAGACAGGCUUGUAUCGGAUCUCUGGGUGUGACCGGACAGUAAAAGAGCUGAAAGAGAAAUUCCUCAGAGUGAAAACAGUUCCUCUUCUCAGCAAAGUGGAUGAUAUCCAUGCCAUCUGUAGCCUUCUAAAAGAUUUCCUUCGAAACCUCAAAGAACCCCUCCUGACCUUUCGGCUAAACAAAGCCUUUAUGGAAGCAGCAGAAAUCACAGAUGAAGACAACAGCAUAGCUGCCAUGUACCAGGCUGUCAGUGAACUGCCCCAGGCCAACAGGGACACAUUAGCCUUCCUCAUGAUUCACUUGCAGAGAGUGGCUCAGAGUCCAAACACUAAAAUGGAUGUUGCCAAUCUGGCUAAAGUCUUUGGUCCUACGAUAGUUGCCCAUGCUGUGCCCAAUCCAGACCCAGUGACAAUAUUACAGGAUGUCAAGCGCCAACCCAAGGUAGUAGAGCGUCUGCUUUCACUGCCUUUGGAGUACUGGAGUCAGUUCAUGAUGGUGGAGCAAGAGAAUAUUGAUCCUCUACGUGUCAUUGAAAACUCAAAUGCCUUUUCAACACCGCAGACACCAGAUAUUAAAGUGAGCUUACUAGGGCCUGUGACCACACCUGAGCACCAGCUUCUCAAGACUCCUUCAUCAAGUUCCCUGUCACAGAGAGUACGCUCCACCCUCAAGAACACUCCCAGGUUUGGGAGUAAAAGCAAGUCUGCCACCAACCUAGGACGACAAGGCAACUUUUUUGCUUCUCCAGUCCUCAAGUGAAGUCACCUGCCUGCUACUUGCCAGAGUUUACUGACUGCAAGAAAGGACGCACCUGUACUCUCUGCUCUGCAGCCUCCUGUACUCAUUACUACUUUUAGCAUUCUCCAGGCUUUUAAUCAAGUUUAAUUGUGCAUGAGGGUUUUAUUAAAACUAUAUAUAUAUCUAUCUCCCUCUCUUUCUCCUCUAGUAACAUAAUAUCAGCGCCUUGUGCUGGUUGUUAUUAGAAAUUUUUAGGUGAGAGAUCUUUUCUACAGGGGCAGGGGUAGGUAAGAAGGGAUAAUAUGGAAUUUAUUAAUGAUUCUUUUGGGGGCAAAGACAUCUCUUUGACUUUAAGCCAAAUGCUACAUAGAGGUACUUUUUCAUGAGACAGUGACUGAAACCUUACAUCUUUGGUAAGACCGAUUUAGGGCAGGAAGUGAGAGGGCAGUGUAAAGAAAGGAUUAGGCGGAGGAUGUAGGAUGGUUGCCUCUCAACACUGAAGUCCCGGGGCUGGGAAUAUGGCCUAGUGGUAGAGUGCUUGCCUCGCAUACAUGAAGCCUUGGGUUUGAUUCCUCAGCACUAGAUAUGUAGGAAAAGCCAGA